AAGAAACACACUAAAAGAACUUGGAAUUUCAAUUUGAAGAACUCAAAUGGCCCAAUAUUUAUAAUUUCAUGAACCAACCCAAUAGUUUAAAAUAAUAAUAAAUACCAUUUGAAUUGGUUCAUGAAUUUCCAAAUGAGUCUUCAAGAGUAAGCAAAGUGACAGUGUAGUCUAUAACUCGCUCACAAUCACUCACCAUCAAUUCAACACCCUACUUCAAUUCCAAUCACUAUGAAAACGACAACCACCACCACCACAACUAGUGUCGUUCCCCCAUCAACGACAGAAGUAAUCGACGUCGAAUCAUUUCAUCUCCCUCCGACCACCACCAAAACCUCCACCCCCGUCGUCAUCGACCUUUCCGACGGAGAAGACGACGAUGAAGUAAGGAUACUCAAUUUCGUUCCGAAAAUCAAUCCUUUUCGAAAACGACAAAGGAUCAACGUCGAAAAAGGCGAGUCUUCGUCUGCUAAUGCUAAUAAAAACGUCGUGCCGUUUAUCUGCGAAAUCUGCACGGAAACAAAAACUGCGAACGACGCUUUCUUCAUCAGCGGUUGUUCUCAUGCGUACUGCUCUGAUUGCGUGGCUUUGUACGUAAGUUCGAAGCUGGAGGAUAAUGUGAUCAACGUCAGGUGUCCUGUUUCUGGUUGCAGUGGUUUGUUGGAAGCUGAGGAUUGUCGUUCUAUUCUUCCAGUGGAGGUUUUCGAUCGGUGGGGGAAGGCGGCGUGUGAGGCGUUGUUUGAUGUAUCUGAGAAAUUCUAUUGUCCUUAUGCAGAUUGUUCUGCUCUUUUGAUCAAUGAUGGGACGGAGGCUGUUCAGUUUUCGGAGUGUCCGAAUUGUAGGAAGAUGUUUUGUGCUCAAUGUAAGGUUCCGUGGCACGAUGGGAUCGAAUGCAGCGAGUUCCAGAAGCUGAACGCGGACGAGAGAGGGAAAGAUGAUGUUAUGCUGAUGCGGCUCGCGAAGGAUAUGAAUUGGAGGAGAUGCCCUAAUUGUAGGUUCUAUGUUGCGAAAUCGGAAGGUUGCUUGUUCAUGAAAUGCAGGUGUGGAAUUGCCUUCUGUUACAACUGUGGAGUUCGUAACAAUAAUCGUAGCAGUCAUUAUUGCAACAACUGUAGGCACUAACCACAUUUUUCAUUGUGCAUGUAAAAUAUUAGAACAGUGUAUCUUUAUCGGUAAGAGUCUAUGGCUGCAUAGUUCCUAUUUAUCUUUAGCGCAAUACUUGCAAUUGAAGCAAGUUGUGUUAUUCUGCAUAGACAGUGAUAUCCUUAUGAACAAUGUCCUGAGAUUUAGGCAUCUGAAGCACUUCUGUGACUUGUCGGUGAUCAAAACAUCAAUGAUAAUGAGGAUGCUACCUUCUGUA